GGUUAGAACUUGGAAGAUGGUUAAAACGUCAAAGCGGCCACCUUCAUUUGAUGGCUUGGUACACACCUUGAGUGCAACUCUCAAAAUUUGGGAUGCAGUUGAAGAGGAUGAUGGGGUUUCAUAUUUAUUGACUAGCAGAUUGAAUCAAGAUCCUCUGGAAAACGAAUUCUCAAUAGCUCGACAAAAGUGCGGGUAUGACAGAAACCCAUCAGCCCGAAUGUUUCGGCUGAACCUUAGGCACCGUGUGCAAUCGGCUCUCUUAAUUCCACCCUCAGGAACCAACUGCGAACCAGAUGAUGAUGAACUUUUUUUGGUUGCGCCAGGGACCUGUCAUCCCUCCACGAGUAAGGUCCAACGACCCUCAACCUCAACCACAGCUGAGGACAGUGAACUCGACCUCGAAGAAAAUAGGGAGAUUGAUGGUGAUGUUGAUGACGUAGAUGUUAGCGAUGUUGAGACAGAAGCCACGACCUUGGAAUUCUGUUCUGUCAGCUAUUUUGCAGGUUACGCAGUCCAAGCCUGCCUGAAGAGAUUCAAAUGUGAAUUGUGCUCCCGUGAGCUUGUGAAGACGACUUCAACCUCUGAUCGCGAAGCUCUGAUCAACAAUCGGCAAUAUCGGAAUGCUUGCGGAAAGUCCUACCAGGCGCUCAUUCUGCCAACAGACUCUACAGUCCAAGCAGCAGACAUAACUAUGAAAAUAAUUAACCAACUGCUACAAAAUAGCAUUCACAUUGUGGGACUCAGAAAAAAAGUUUUGGAAAAAUGCAUACAGGCAAUUUUGAAGAGCCAUAGAAUGUGGUUGAAAUGUGAUACUGCAUGCUAUGUCCAUCGGGUGUUUUUGAUCAACAAACUUAUAACAGCGAAACUGCAUGCUAAAGUGCAAGAGCUGUCAAAAGACUUGAGACGACCGGGAGGAAAAUAUGGGGGGUUUUUCCAGAAAGUGAAAAUAUUACAGGGAAAAUAAAUUGAAGAAGAAUAAGUGAUUUAAAAUUUAAUUUUCCAGUGAUUCAACGUAGUUAUAUUAAUUAUAAAUUACAAUUUUGUGUAUUGAACCAUUUUAUUCGGCCUGCAUCAGUAAAUCAAAUUAGUUAAACGAGAAGUGUACUUAAUAAAUCCUAUUAAGUAGUUCUAUACUAUAUCAAGUAGUAGCUCUAUAUCAAGGCAAAUGUUGGAGGCUUAUUUACAACUCCAAAAAAUCUUCAUGUUAUUAUCUAUAAAAUUUAGUUUAAGAAUUCUAAUUGUUUCACUUGUUGCAAUACUAGUAUACAUGUUGGUUACAUCAAAUGAUAGGAAAAUAGCUGGAAAUUAGUUGGAAUUUUUAUACCUUUAAUUUUUUGAACCAAAUUAUAUGUGUUUUUAUGCUAUGGUUUUCUUCCGUUAUUAUCUUUUGAAGUAGUAAUUUAUUCAUAUAUUAUUUGCAAGCUUUAUAUGCAGGAGCAUUACAAUACUUUACUACUAGCCUUAAUGGUAUUCCAACCUUAUAAAUGUAUUUUUGAUUGGUCUAUUAAACAUUGGAGAUAAAGGAUUUAUCAUUUUCAUGAUACGAUAUUAUUAAUAUUUUUACUACAUUCAUGAGUUGGAUCUUCUGUUGAAUUUUCAAAUGUCAAAUCUCUCAAUUUAAAUCAAAUGUUUUCAAAUUGUUAUCUAUAAUGAAUUUUUUCACUUUAUCAUUAUAAUCUAUUUGUUUUAUGAUAACUGUAGUAGGCCUACUUCCCUUGUCUGCUUUUGUGCUAAUGGCAUUCCCAUUUUUCAAUUUGUUUGAUAUAGAUUCCAAGUUACAUGUCUUCUUUAGAACUUUUCAAAAAAAAAAUUUCUUUCAAUAAUAGGUUUUAUCUAUGCUUCAAUAUAGAUAUUGAAUUCUUUUAUUGAUUCACUAUUAAAAUGAUUCUCAAUUUAUUCUUGUAUUAUCUGAUUCUUUUUAUCUGAUAAUAGCAUCAUAUAGCCAAAACAUGUGACUAAAUAAUUUUAAAAAGGGUAACUACUAAGUUUCCAUCUUAUUUAUAUUCAACAGUAGCCCUAAAAAAUAGACGAUAUUUACUGGAAAUUUACUUUGCUCAUUAUUUGUUCAUUAUUGCUGUAAUUUGUGAGUUAAGUUGAUUGAUUUUUAAUGUAUGGUACUAUAAUAUAAUCUGAGUACCCGAUACAGGUGACAGUGAAAUUUUGUGCAUAAUUUAAUUUCAUUCUUUGAGAAAACUGUUGAUUGAAACAUAAAUUAAUAAAUUAAAUGAUAAAAAUUACACAAAAAAUGCGAGCUUUUACUGAAAUCCCGAAUGAAAUAAUGUAACUUUAUUGUGUUUUAUGCAACUUGCAACUUAUUCAAACAUAAUUCAUAAUUCAUUAGUAUUAUCUUAAACUAGCUUGCCCAGCGAAAAAGUCAAUGUAUCACAUGUCACACUUGACUAUUUGGUGAAUCUUGAAAUUCAUCUGAAUUUAUCCCAAUAUACACACAACAUAUUAUUCCCAAAGUUUCAUGCUGUUCUGUCAAGUAGUUUUUGAGUCCUAUAGGGAAAUAUCAAUAUAUAUAUAAAUUAAUGUCUGUGUGUAAGAUA